AUGGCUCUCGACACCAAGUUAACUCUGAAUGACAAUGAGCCUUAUGAAAAUCCAGCCCUUUAUAGAAGCACAAUAGGAGCUCUCCAAUAUCUGACCUUAUCUAAACUUGAUAUUGCUUAUUGUGUUAACAAGUUAAGUCAGUUUCUUAAAGCUCCCACACAACUACAUUGGCAGGCUUGCAAAAGGUUACUUCGAUACAUUAAAGGCACAACUCACUUUGGCUUACAAUUCACUAAAAGUCAUGGAUUAAACCUGGAGUGUUACACAAAUUCUGACUGGGCAAGCAGCCUUGAAGACCGUAGGUCCACUAGUGGCUGUUAUGUCUUUCUUGGCUCAAAUCUACUUCAAUGGACCUCUAGAAAACAGAAGGUAGUAGCCCUAUCAUCCAUUGAAGCAGAGUACAGAACUCUAGCUCAAGGUGCUACAGAAUUGACUUGGUUUUCUAGCCUUUUUUCUAAGAUUGGCCUUCCUCUGUUAGAACUUCCAGUCAUCUGGUGUGACAACCAGAGUGCUGGUUCAUUAGCAUCUAAUCUUGUCUUCCAUAGCAAGACUAAACACAUUGAGCUUGAUGCUCAUUAUGUGAGAGAACAAGUCACUGCCCACAAGCUCAAAGUUCAAUAUAUUGCCACUAAAUUUGAAAAAGCUGAUAUUUUUACUAAAGCUCUUCCAGCUUCCAGAUUUGAAUUUUUAAGGAACAAACUCAUAGUUCAAACUCCUUCCAGCUGCUGA